AUGGGUGGCAAAACGAAAGUGGCACAGAGAACAAAGAACAACGCCAGACCGUCCAGCAGCGGUCGGAGUGCUGAGCUCCUUGGCGCCUCCAUGCCUGCCUUCGUGGGAUUCGGCGCCGUGGAGAACUGCGGUUUCCAGCCCGUGGUAUCGGGCCUCUUGACCAGUGAGCCUAUCAGUGAGGAGAUCGAUGCCAACGUGGACGCCAACUUUCAGCUGAUUCUGCGGAAGAUGUCCAAGAAGGAUCCCAUUACCAAGUCCAAGGCACUGCAGGAGUUCUCAGACAUCGUCACGGUGUCGGACGUAGACCUGCUGAAGACAAUUCUGCCCUUCUGGCCGCGGCUGUACGUGAAUCUAGCCACAGAUGUGGAGCAUCGCGUGCGCGAGGGCGCUCAGCAGGCCCACGGGGCGCUCGCGGGCAAGGUGGGCAAGCUGAUAGCACCGUACCUGAAGCAGAUGGCGCCGGUGUGGAUCGCCAGCCAGUACGACUCUUACGCGCCAGCAGCCAGCAUCGCCACAACGUCCUUUCAGCGCGCCUUUCCGCCACACAAGCUGAAGGAGGUCUUCGGUUUCUGCCAGGGCGAAAUCCUGGAUUACGUCACGAAGAUCCUCACCGUGCACACCGCCACCACGCUCAGCAAUUCCAAGUCUUACACUCCGGACGAGUGCGAGGCGAAGUACCAGCGCACAGUGGCGUGCUGUCUGCAAGCCUAUGCGAUGUACUUGCGCACCGUGUCCAAGGACAGCCUCGCCGAAGCGGCCAACAAGAACCUCCUCCUUAUUGAGAACCAGAAGUUCUGGAGCUUCCACAAGCACCAAUCGCCGAAUGUGCGAUCAGCGUGGUUCGAAGCGCUCUCGGCGAUUGUGCAAAACCUCUUCGAGCUGCUAGAGAAGCACACGGCGCAGCUGGUGAAUGCGGUGUUUCAGAACCUAGACGAGAGUGAUCCCAUCGUCCUGCCUCAUCUCUGGACAGCCAUUCUGUUGGUGCAAGUGAACAUUACCGCAUGGAGCCAACACGUGAACUGGGAGAAGAUGUUGCUGCCGAAGCUGUGGAAGGUGUUGAAGAGUGGCUCUUCGGUGACUUAUCCGCAAAUGUUGCCCUUCAUAUCUAAGAUCAAUGGCGAUAUACUGAACGAGGAGGAGAAGCUGCUGAAAUUCUACGGCAAUUUCUUCGAGAAUCUCUCGCUGGGACUGAGGAAUCGACACGGAUCUCUCAGCAAGUCUGAAAUCACGGCAAUAGUCACGUGUUACUUCGAAUGUUUGCAGUAUGUCAUCUUUCAACUGCUGAAGGAACAAUCCACGCAGGAAACAUUCCGCAAAUUUGGAGAAAAGCUCUUGGACGAACACAUUUUGGGCACAAUUUCUUGGUCUCUAGCGGACGGACUGAAGUGUCACAUGUGCAUCUUCACCAAAAUACCAACUCUGCUGACAAAUUGGAGCCAGAAUUCUGCCAAGAAUGAAGAAUACAAGGCGUUGGAGGAGAGAUUCUGGAGCACGAUAUUCUCGGUAAUUGAGAAGAGCAUUGAGACGAUGGGGAAGGACUUGGAUAGUAAGACUGAGGGUCACAUUGACUUCUGUCACUGUCUCAAGUAUUCAAGAGCCAAUCGAAGUGGCAAGAGCAAUACAGUAAAAUUCCUAAGGGAAGGCGAAGAGAUGCCUUCCACCGCUUCCAGCACUGAGUGUUCAUCCUCUGCGCCGGUUUACAAGGAGCACCUCGAUGAUGUGGUGCUGAAGAUUUGUCAGAUGUACUUAAGGCACACGAUUGACUUGAGAAUUCCCACUUUCAUUCCAAAACUCCACCAUCUCUUUAAUGAGUUUGGCGGUGAGAAGCUGUACAGAGAGUUGGCGGAAGAUGGUGAUCUCACCAAGCUGCUCAGUGGCUUCGAAACAAUGUUGGCGGAUGGAAAAUUGAGGCAGGAGUUCGUGGUGGACAUGAUCUUGAAGCUGUAUGAUCUUUUCCAGGAGGAGCAGAAGCGGGAAAUUCUGAAGAAGCUUGUUGAGAGUCCGCACAAGAAUGUGUGCAAUUGGAUCAUUACACGCAUCCUCAGCUAUCCGCUCUGCAUGGAGGCGAGAAUCACUGAGAUUCUGUCGCAGGAGAAGGUGAAGAAGCACUUGGUGGAGCAGGCAAAUCAUGCGGUGCAGGGUUGUUCGCAGGAGAGCUUCAAUAUUCUGCAUAAGUGCUUCUUCCAAACAGAAUCCGGUGAGAUUCUCAUUGACAAUGAAACGUGUGCGGAGAUCAUUGAUAUAAUUUCCACGGCGCUAACGAGGACGGAGAAUAAGGAGAUCAUAGACACUUGUGGAAGUUUCCUGGCUCAGGCGAUGCCUGUCAUUUGUGCCGACAGAUGCAAAGGCGACAUUCAGAGCAAGAUGUUUCUCAACCUCUUCCGCUUCAGCGUCAAUCAAAGCACAAUUGUGACACAAACGGACGAGUGUGUGUGGGAAAUCAUGACCUCCUGGCAGGAUUCUCUCUCCAGCGGAGACUUGACACUGAGUGACACUCUCUUGGCGGCCUGUUCGGAAAUUAUUGAGGAAAAGCUGUCGCAAAUUCCUGCGGAUUGUAUGGAAAAUCUGGCAGAGGUGACUUCUAAGCUCAUCCUCUGUUCAGCUGAGAGCAUCUCCGCGGAACAGGAGAAGACAGAGUUUGUGGAGAAAGCAAUAGACUCAAUGCUGAAUAUGAAAGUGGGUGAAUAUAAGAGGAAUCAAGCUUUUGCUGAGCACCUCACCCUGUACAUUGAGGCGUUGAAUCGGAAAUUGACCACACCAGAGAUUGGAAGUGGCGAAAAAUUCCGAGAAGUGUCUUAUAAUAGUGCAAUUGCGGAGUUUCUGCAAGUCUCUCUGUUCAAGAUGACAGUGGUCUUCAAGCUGUGCUGCAAUGUAAAACGGGAAAAGGAUGAGAAUGCUGAAGGGGAAGAGGAGGAAUUUACUGAGGAUUACUGUGACUUCGAGAUGAUCCUGCUGAAGAGUACUCCUGAUGAGGUACACAGUCAAAUUCUCGAUGCAGUCUUCGCGCUAACUUGUGGAGAGACAUUAUUGCUGCAUGGUGGAAAUCUUGGGGAGGAAAUUGAGGCGAAAAUCCAUCAAUUGGCCGCCACAAUUGAGUUAUUUUUCAAGAAUAUCCCAGAAGACUUGAGGACAACACUCAGGGACAAGCUCUUCGGUCAUGCCAAUCAACAGGGUGGAAUUUGGGCCAAUUGUCUGCCGGUGCUGGGAAAUUGUGAGCAGUAUCGCGGUGAGAAUGGCGCAGUUUUGCUGUACGAAGACACGGUCAGUGCUAGUUCAGAUGCAGAGGCGAUAAUUGCGUACAUAAACAUUCUGCAAGCUUUGACACCCACAAUUCCGGUAAAGUGUCUGCCGGUGGUGCCGAAUCUUUUUGAGAACUUCAGCAAUCUGCUCAUUUCGACGACGGCUAAUCGCUGUUUGAUCAGCAACAACUUCAGUGGAAGUUUUAACGAUAUGGAAGAUCGCAAGAUUAUGGGAAAUUGCCUGAAGAUACUCUCAAAUGUGGCCGCAAGGAUCAAGACGAAGGACCUUCAGUCACUCUAUAAUGUGGACAUUCAGGAAAGUGAAAGCGCCAGUGUGAUUCUCAUCGCCGAACUGGCCAACUUCCUGGAGCAACUCAUCACGAACUUCGCCAGUGAAUUCGAGGACUCGCACUGGGAUUUUGUGCGCAUCGCCCUGAGCUCCUGGGUGUUGAGUGUGUCGAAGAGUGUGAUGAACUAUGGACAGUCGAAAGUGGCAAUUUUCAUUGCAUGUGUCUAUAAAUUAUUUGUGGCAAUGGAGAAGUUCGUGGUGAUGCAGAGGACGAAGAGCUCCACGGAAUAUCUCACGAGAAUUGUGGAAGAGUGGGAAGAAGUGUUCGCCAAAGAUGUCCAUCUUGUUCUGCUCAGAGUUUUCAUGGUCAUUGUGCAGGAUAAAAAAGGUGAGUAUUACCUCAAAGGGGGUUUUAGUUUGAAAUCCUUCGUUGCUGUGCCACUAAUCUAUGCUUUAUUUAGUCAUCAUGUGAUAUAUUCGCAAUAUUUCCGUGAUAAUCCCACUUGA